AUGGCCACUUUACUGCAGAUAGGUUCAUUUCUCAUUUACAAUAAUGCACUUGCUAAGACGACUCUUCAACGUCCUCAGUCUUUCAAGUGGACCACAAUGGCCAAAAUGACACCGGGUGAGUCUCCCACUGUUCUUCGUCGUUCGGCAAACUAUCAGCCUUCUCGUUGGGACCACAGCGAUCUCCUCUCGAUCAAGAAUAAAUAUGCGAAAGCUAAGAGAGUGGAAGAGAGAGAUUUGCUGAAGGAAAAGGUGAGAAAGAUGCUAGGUGAUGAGAAGAAGACAUACAUCGAACAAUUGGAGCUGAUCGACGAUCUUCAGAAACUCGGGGUUUCUUACCAUUUUGAACGGGAAAUUGAAAACAUUUUAACAGUUUCUUAUCAAAAAGAUAGAAUUAACAUAAGAAAAGAUUUGCGUGCCACCGCACUCGAAUUCCGACUUUUUAGACAACAUGGUUUCAAUGUUUCAGAAGGUGUAUUCGAUGUUUUCAUGGAAAAUUGUGGGGAGUUUGAGAGUGAUGAUAUAGGUGGUCUCAUAUCUCUUUACGAAGCGUCAUAUCUUUCCACAAAAUGGGAUACGAAACUACAACAAUUCAUCAGACCUUUUGCAACACAAAAACUAAGAGACAUUGUUGACACUCAGUGUGAUAAAGAUUUUGGGUCAUGUGACAUAGUGGACAUGGUGGUCCAAGCGUUAGAUAUGCCCUACUAUAGGCGAAUGAGAAGGCUAGCCACAAGAUGGUACAUAGAUGUUUAUGGAAAGAGACGUAACAAGAAUCUUGUCGUAGUUGAAUUCGCCAAGAUCGAUUUCAACAUUGUACAGGCUAUUCAUCAAGAAGAACUCAAAUACGUUUCCAGCUGGUGGAGGGAGACAGGUUUAGGUAAUCAACUUCACUUUGCAAGAGAUAGAAUCGUGGAGAAUUAUUUUUGGACUAUUGGACAUAUCCACGAACCUGAGUUUGGUUACGUUCGUCGAACAAUGACUAAAGUAAAUGCACUUAUUACAACUAUCGAUGACAUCUACGAUAUCUAUGGUACUCUUGAAGAACUUCAACUUUUCACUGACGCGGUUGAAAGUUGGGAUUUAAAUCGCCUUGAUGAACUCCCUGACUACAUGAGGUUGUGUUUUCGUGUUAUGUACAAUGAAGUCAAUAGCAUUGGACGUGAUGUCCUUAGAAAGAAAAAUAUCAACGUGAUUCCUUUCCUCAAAAAAUCUUGGACAAAUCUAUGCAAAUCAUAUUUGGUAGAAGCAAAAUGGUACAAAAGAGGGCACAAACCAAAACUGGAAGAGUACAUGAAUAAUGCUUGGAUUUCAGUAUCGAUCCCAACGAUAUAUGUCCACUUCUACUGCGUAUUCUCCGACCAACUCUCUAUUCAGGUCUUGGAGACUUUGUCCCAACAUCAGCAAAACAUUGUCCGAUGCUCUGCCUAUGUGGUUCGUCUAGCCAACGAUCUUGCAACCUCACAAGAUGAAUUGGCGAGAGGAGACGUCCAUAAAUCCAUACAAUGUUACAUGAAUGAGACCGGAGCUUCAGAGGAGAAGGCGAGAUCGCACGUGCGGCAGAUGAUCAACGACUUGUGGGAUGAAAUGAAUUACGAGAAAAUGUCACAUGGCUCUUCGUUACACCAUCAUGAUUUUAUGGAAACUGUAAUGAACUUGGCACGCAUGUCUCUGUGCAUGUAUCAAUAUGGCGAUGGCCAUGGCUCUCCUGAAAAAGCCAAAAUUGUUGAUCGUGUCAUGUCCUUACUCUUCAAUCCCGUUCCUUUAGAUUGAGUUGCAAUAUGCAAUAUUCA